AUGAAAGAAUCACUCAUUGGCACCAUUAUGCAGGAUGGAGUAGAUGUUGUUGGCUAUCCUAUAUUCGAUGAUGCAAAGGUACAUAAAGCUAUAGCUUUUGCAAGGAAGGCACACGGAAGAAUUUUGGCUGCGCUGGUUCCAUCAAGUGGUAAACGAGCUGUUGAAACAAUUGUGGCUGGUAUUUCACAUGACAUAGUUGAUGACACUUGCCAAAGUCUACAUGACAUUGAGACAGAGUUUGGGGAUGAUGUGGCCGAGUUGGUAGCCAGUGUUUCUAAGCUGAGUUAUAUAAAUCAGCUGUUACGCAGACAUCGAAGGGUAAAUGUGAACCAGGGUGUCCACGGCCUAGAAGAGGCAAGUAAUUUACGAGUCAUGCUUUUGGGAAUGAUUGAUGAUCCACGUGCUGUGCUCAUCAAGCUUGCUGAUCGUCUUCACAACAUGAGAACAAUUUAUGCUCUGCCAUUACAUAAGGCUCAAGCUGUUGCAGAGGAGACAUUGAUUUUUUGGUGUUCACUUGCUUCGAGAUUGGGUCUGUGGGCAUUAAAAGCUGAACUUGAAGAUCUAUGCUUUGCUGUUCUACAGUCCCAUUUGAUGUACUGUUGGAUCGGAGAAAAGGAGCCAACUUUCUCUAGUAUUGCUAAUAAUCUGGAAACAUGCACAGCACCGAAGGUUGUCCAGGAUGCUGGAUUAGCUUUGGCAUCAUUGGUAAUUUGUGAGGAAGCCCUUGAGCGAGACUUGGUUAUGUCGGCUUCGUAUGUUCUUGUGCUCAUUAUCCCUAAUGCUGUGUUUUAUGUAGCACGAUUUAUGUGCUGA